AUGCAUCGUGAGCUCAACUACAACAUCAAAUACUACAACAACACCUACUACAAUUACUACUACAGCACCUACAACAAUUACAACACCUACUACAAUUACUACUACAGCAACUACAACAUCAAAUACUAUAACAACACCUACUACAAUUACUACUACAGCACCUACAACAAUUACAACACCUACUACAAUUACUACUACAGCAACUACAACAUCAAAUACUAUAACAACACCUACUACAAUUACUACUACAGCACCUACAACAAUUACAACACCUACUACAAUUACUACUACAGCACCUACAACAGCAAAUACUACAACACCUACUACAAUUACUACUACAGCACCUACAACAAUUACAACACCUACUACAAUUACUACUACACACCUACAACAAUAAUUACAACACCUACUACAAUUACUACUACAACACCUACAACAGCAAAUACUACAACACCAACUACAAUUACUACAACAUCACCUACAACAAUUACAACACCUACUACAAUUACUACUACAGCACCUACAACAGCAAAUACUACAACACCUACUACAAUUACUACUACAGCACCUACAACAGCAAAUACUACAACACUUACUACAAUUACUACUACAGCACCUAUAACAAUUACACCUACUACAAUUACUACCACAGCACCUACAACAUCAAAUACUACAACACCUACUACAAUUACUACUACAACACCUACAACAGCAAAUACUACAACACCUACUACAAUUACUACUACAACACCUACAACAGCAAAUACUACAACACCUACUACAAUUACUACUACAGCACCUACAACAGCAAAUACUACAACAACACCUACUGUAAUAACUACUACAGCACCUACAACAGCAAAUACUACAACAACACCUACUACAAUAACUACUACAGCACCUACAACAGCAAAUACUACAACACCUACUACAAUUACUACUACAACACCUACAACAGCAAAUACUACAACAACACCUACUGUAAUAACUACUACAGCACCUACAACAGCAAAUACUACAACAACACCUACGACAAUAACUACUACAGCACCUACAACAGCAAAUACUACAACACCUACUACAGCACCUACAACAGCAAAUACUACAACAACACCUACUACAAUAACUACUACAGUACCUACAACAAUAAUUACAACACCUACUACAACACCAACAACCAAUCGAACAACAACUACGACACCAUCAACCAAUCCAACAACUACAACGCCUAAUACAACAUCUUCAGUAACUUCAACAUCUCAGAAUACAACACUGCCAGAUCAUGCAGGAGCUGUGCAAGAGAGGACUGCCAAGUGA